AUGGAAAAAGUGAUUAGCAUGCGAGAAAUAAUAACAAACACGAGAAGAAUAAAAUUGCACGAAAACUUUUUAGAAGACUGUAACUUGAAAGACAUAUUUUAUAGCGGCCUGGAAACGGUUAACUGUGGAUACAAUGAUUAUGUAAAUAUCAAAACGUGGCUUUUUGUGAUAGCAGAAAAAUUAUUUUUAGAUGAUUAUGAGGAAUUGGCUUACGUAGCGUGCGACGCAUUAAAGGUGUUGCUCUGCAACAACCGAUUUUUAAAUGUAAUUAUUUUUAAAUUGUUAAAAAAGAACCUCGAAAAGGAUAUACUAAAAAUAAUGGGCAUUUGCUGCUUAACAACAAAUCGAAAUAGACGUGAUGAUUUUCAUUUAUUCCAAAGUUCGAGCAACUUAAUGCUGCGAAUUAUUUAUUGCAUGGUCCCUGUAUUUAAUAUGAACAUCUAUAACUACUCCAUUGUUAAUUAUGUGUUGCGAUUAUUUAUAAGAGAUAAUGAGAAAUAUAAAUAUGUGUUUGAAAAAUUGAAGGAAAAUUAUAACGAUAAGGAAAUUAUCGAUAUCUCGAAUUUUCAAAAUCAUAUGUUGAAUAUUAUCAACGCGUUUAAGAACACCUCCAUUUUUUCUGCCAAGGAUUCCAUACUGAACAAACAGAAUGACAUUGAAUUGUUUGACAACAUAAAUCGAAGAAUAGAGAACCAGUGGAAUGGGUACAGAGAUAAGGAAAAAACAUGA